CAAUUCUUUAUCCAGAACUCACUUUUGUUUACAUCAAAGAAAUCCAUCUUCGCUCCAAAUUCCUUCGUAACCUAGCAAUGGCGCCAAAGGCCGAGAAGAAGCCCGCCGAGAAGAAGCCAGCGGCGGAGGAGAAGAAGGCCGAGAAAGCUCCGGCGGAGAAGAAACCAAGAGCCGAGAAGAAACUUCCCAAGGACGCCUCCGAUAAGAAAAAGAAAAGAGCUAAGAAGAGCAUUGAGACUUACAAGAUCUACAUCUUCAAAGUCCUCAAGCAAGUUCAUCCUGAUAUUGGAAUCUCCAGCAAAGCCAUGGGGAUUAUGAACAGUUUCAUCAACGACAUUUUUGAGAAACUUGCUCAGGAAUCCUCUAAGCUCGCUCGCUACAACAAGAAGCCGACUAUCACCUCUCGGGAGAUCCAAACGGCGGUGCGCCUUGUUCUUCCUGGCGAGUUAGCAAAACACGCCGUCUCUGAGGGUACCAAGGCUGUUACCAAGUUUACUAGCUCUUAGAUUCAUACAGAUUAGGGUUUUCUUGUGUAAAAAGUGGCCUGACUGUUCUGUAUCGUUGAUUUCGCUUCCGUUUGUCGCAUAUUUUGGAAUUAAUUGAAUGAAAAUCGUUUUAUAUUGCGUGAUUCCUUUAA